UCCUAACCUCUUCGUAAAGUACUUUGGUGUCGAUCUCAGAAUCGCAAAAAUUGUAGCCAUUUAUUUUAUAAUGGUUAUUAGCUGUUGGUGGAAAGAUGAUUGAGCAACUGCUUUCAAAAUUCAUAAUGUGAGCAUGCUUAACAAAACACAUUUUAACCCACUCCUGCGCCGUGACUGCAGUAAUCUCGGUUUGGAGUCUGGAUAAGGAGAUUGGAUAUCAUUUCACUUUGUACUUGUGUGCUUCGUCUAGUGGUUUUCCGGCCCCUCCAUGCAAACAGCACCUUAAAAUUAGGAUUGUGUUCUAAGACCAUGGCAGAACUCAGCCCAUUUGUAUAUUGGGCCCAAACAGAAAAUAAUGUUUCUCUGAAGGUGGAUCUUAAAGAUGUGAAGAUUCCAGAUGUUGCUUUAGCAGAGAAGAAACUACACUUUUCUGCUCAUGGUUAUGGGGCGAAGGGACAGCAUAGUUAUGGUUUUGUUUUGGAUUUCCAUUCAUCAAUUGAUCCUGAGGAAAGUAAAUUUAAGGUGACAGAUAGACAAGUGGAGUUUGAUUUGAAGAAAACUACAGCUGGGUGGUGGCCAAGAUUGACUGCUGCACCCCAGAAACCUGUAUGGUUAAAGAUUGAUUUUGACCGAUGGAAGGUGGAAGAUGAUGUUGAUGAUGAAGAGCCAAGAGACGUAAUGGGUGACUACCCAGACCUUUAUGAAAAUCUUGUGAAGGAAGAACUUGGCUAUAGGAAAGAAGACCUUAAGAAAGUAUACUUAGUUUUCUACAACCUGUGUCAAUUUGUUGGCUUUACAUAUAUCGUAACUGUGAUGGCAGUUCGCUACUACAGAGAUGGACCAGAUUCAAUGGAAGGAACGUAUGAAGCAGUGGGAGGUGCAAUGAAAUUCUGUCAGUUGAUGCAGUUCCUAGAAGUAAUGCAUCCUCUGUUUGGUUAUACUAAAGGAGGUGUAAUUACACCACUUAUACAGGUACUUGGUCGAAGCACUGUCCUGUUUUGCAUGAUAGAGGCUGAGCCCAGAAUGUGGCAGAAACCUGUUGUCUUUUAUCUCUUCCUCAUAUGGACUUUCGUAGAAUUGGUUAGGUAUCCAUACUAUAUCUGUCAGUUGUUCAAAAAGAAUCCUGGACUCCUUGUCUGGCUUCGGUAUACAAUAUGGAUACCUCUUUAUCCACUUGGCUUUUUGUGUGAAGGGGUUGUGAUUCUUAGAGAUAUUCCAUACUUUGAAGAAACACAGAGAUUUACAGUCUCUCUUCCAAAUUCAGUGAAUUUUGCUUUUCACUUUCCAACUGUCAUGAGGAUUUAUUUGCUUGUCCUCUUCUUUCCAGCUAUGUAUGUAAUGAUGACACAUAUGUACAAAGCUCGUGUCAAGAAACUGGGUCCAAAGAAAUGGAAAUCAAAAUUUAAUUAAAGCAAGAAGAACAAAUGUAAAUUUUUAUAUUUAGUAGUAAAAAGGAAGCUAAUGAGAAUGUGUAAUACAGUGACAGCUGUAUUUAUAUUUCUGUGGUGAUAUAUAAAUGCAACUUCAAAUCCUCUCCAGUUUCAGAUACUAGUGAAAUAAGGUUGUAGACGUACAUGACAAGCACGAUUCACUUUAUUACAUAUAACUUUUAAGAAAGUAAUGAACAAUAAACUGUGUCUUGAGUAGAGCACUUGGUGUGUUAUGGAAUUCGUGUCCAUUCAUAUUUGGAUUUCCUUAUUUCUGUUAAUGACAAUGUUUGCGUUGUUUGUACGAGCAAUUAAAUCUGUGGCGUAAGAGCCCUCUGAGAGCCAAAGCCGACUAGCUUGACUGCUGGCCUCACGUUCACAUGCCUAAGUAGAGGUGAACGAUCAUCCAACCAGAUACAGGGUGACUUGUACGAGCAAUAAUGUGGACAAAAUAUAUCGCAACUGCAGUUCAACAUAGUCAUAUUAAUGCAUGUAGUUAUUGAUGCUAGUCAGAUCAGAGCAUCCGAAUUUUUAAGAAAGAUUAUUUUAUAGAAUAAAUGGAGCAAAAAAUGCUUCAGAAUAUCUUGACCUCUGCAUAGUGAUUGCCUUAGUAGCCAUAAUUAUGUAAGAAACACCCAAAGGGUCUUGUUUGUCACUUUCACACACUCAGUUCAUACUUUAUUUCAUGAGAACAUGUUUUGGUCCAUUGUUGCCAGUCUAAAAAGUUAGAAAUGUUUUUUGCGUGUAAUAAUAUAAUGAGAAAAUAUGAUACCAGCUUUUAAACAUGAAGCAUAUUGAUAAAAUGUUUCUUUUCAUUUUAUGUUAUCAGAGUUGUGAUCUUUAAUUUUUCUGCAUUUAAGUUUUUAAGUAAACUUCUUUUUCAGGUUAUAUUUCUUACUGAAUAGCAGUAGGACAGGUAGGUUUGUAGUUAUAAGACUGAAGUAUAUGUAGUAAGAGAAUAAAGCCAUUAGAGAUAGUUAUAUUAGGAUGUGGUCCAGAAAAUCUUGGUAUUAGAUUGGCACAGCCUUCUGUAUAGAGAACGCAGUUCACUAAAUAAAUUAUAUGAAUAAAUAGCACAAGUCUUACCUU